AUGUUCUACUCUCAAUGGCUUCUUGGGUUGGCGGUGAUUGCUGCAACCUUUGCUCCUUCCUUGGGCAUGGAUCAUGAUGCACAGGAACUGAUUGAUUACUGGACCUUGGCAAUGGAUAACUCUUCCGAACCUAUUGAAUUACUUCCAGAGCCCACUAGCAAUUUGAGGGGUCGUUCCCUUCAGACUGUACCUGUACCGAUUGGGAUUGAUGACUGGCCACCUCUCGGAUUUGCCCCUGGUAAAGUUAGUAAGGCUUCCGGUAGGCUUUGGAUGAACGAUGGUGCCGGGACGAAGAGUUUUUGUACGGGCACUGCCAUCCUGUGUGGCAAACCUGGACGAUCCCUGAUUUUGACUGCUGCCCAUUGUCUCCACAGCAGUGGUGAAGUCUGGUUCAUGCCAGGGUCGGAUGAUGGAGGGACUGACAAAACCGUGGUUGGACCUGACCCAAAUGCCCGCCCUACCUGCUCUGAUGACCCAUAUGGAUGCUGGAAGCCAAAUGCUGCGUACAUCGACAGCCGCUUUUUUUCUGCCACAGGUCGUGCCAAACAAAAUUAUGACUAUGCAAUCCUUGUGGUUGAAGAUGUUGGACGCCACGAGGAAGGACGUGAGAACAGUGAUCCUGAUCUUGACAACGCUGUUCCUGCAAUGGAGGUUGAUUUUACCAACGAAAUACGUCCUACCUACUGGGUGGGGAACCCAGGGGUGAACGACCCCCACCAAAAGUAUUGCGCGGGUAGCACGAGUUUUCUUGCUGGUCUCAGUCAAUAUGGGGUCGUCCCUUGCGAUCUGACCCAGGGUGCGUCCGGUGGACCUGCAAUAGCUGAUGGUAACAGCAAGAUUUACUCCGUUAUCUCCAAGGGAACAACUCUCGGACCAACACAUGGCGACCUUGAAGGCCAAACAUUGUUGCGCGGCCCUAAGCUCGCCCGCAACUCACUGUCGUGCCUCGCCUAUGAAGCCAAUAAACAAGAUCUACCUGAUUCAUAUACAUUGAGGACAGUUGACUACGAAAAUGACCAUGAUGGAAAACCUUGCCUGUCACGAGAAUACACUUGGGGUUCAUGGGGAGAUCCGGUACAGCUAUAG